UUCGGAUCACCGCAUGACUACUUCCCCAAUUUAUCCAUAUUUCUCUCUCUCCUCCUGAAAUAUUGAGCAACCCACACCACACAAAAACGUUAGGAGACACACAAAUCAUUUUUCCUUUGUCAUCUUUUGCCUUUUUUUGCUUCUGGCUAUUCAUCAUUAUUGGGUUUUGUUUUGUGAGACACAAACUGCUAUUGCUUUUUUGGGUUUCAACAAUCCCUUCAAAAGAUUUUAGUAAUAUAGUCAAUUGCCUUACAUAAUUUUCAUUGCAUGCCAUAUAUUUCUUGUGGUUUCUCUCUUUGGGUGCGUUUGGACACCAUUGUUAUUCCCUGUGACUGUUGAUGAGUUAAACCACCUUUGUAGUUGGAGCUGUUUCAAGUUCCAAGAAGAUGGGGUUUUAUGAAAACAAAGAAACUGGAGAGAAAAGUGAGGCAGGGGAAGAUUAUAAAAGUGAUGGCGAGCCUUUGAGCAGGCAAGUGAGUGAGUCUUCUAUCUAUGCAACUGAUGUGGAGGAAGAUGAUGACGUUGGAGCCAAAAUACAACUGGGUCCUCAGUGCACUCUUAAAGAGCACCUUGAGAAAGAUAAGGACGAUGAGAGUUUAAGGAAAUGGAAGGAACAACUUCUUGGGAAUGUGGAUGUGAACAACGUUGCAGAAAUUCUGGAUCCUGAAGUGAAAAUUACCAGUCUGUCUAUCGUCUCUCCUGGUAGGGAUGAAAUUGUUCUUCCUAUUCCUGAAAGUGGAAAUCCAAAGGGUUUAUGGUUCACUCUUAAAGAAGGUAGUCAUUACCGAUUGAAAUUCACAUUCGAAGUGAGCAAUAAUAUUGUGUCUGGCUUGAAGUACACCAAUACUGUCUGGAAGACUGGUGUCAAGGUGGACAGCUCAAAAGAGAUGCUUGGAACUUUCAGCCCUCAGACAGAGCCUUACACACAUGAGAUGCCAGAAGAAACCACACCCUCAGGGCUAUUUGCAAGAGGACAAUAUUCUGCAAGAUCAAAGUUUCUUGAUGAUGACAACAAAUGCUACUUGGAGAUCAACUAUACUUUUGACAUUAGGAAGGAUUGGGCUUGAACAUGGAUGGCCAUCUUCCCAAUCUGCAAUUGCAAUAGUGACUCUCCUUUAUUUAGUCCAAUAUAUUUUAAUUUCUAUUUGAUUGAUUUAAGAAAUUCAGAUAUCUUAGGUACUGAAUUCCGGCUUGUACUAAAUUUUGUUUGAUAUUGACUAAAAGAGACAUAGACAAAGAGGAUACUUUGGCAACUUUCCCAAUAAAAGUGCCCCGCUUGUCUCUUUUUUGUGACUCUCCUUAGCUCACUAUUUUUGCCAAUCUAAAUCUGGACACAGUAACCUUUUUGGUGGUCGGGUUGCUUUUGAGUCUUCACUGUAAUUUGAAG